UUUUUUUUGCUAUUCGUUUUGUGAUGGUUUUGUGUGUAAUGUAAUCGUGAUUCGUGAAUAAUAGGAUUUGAUUUCGCGAAUACUUAAUUUCAUUUAAUUUCUUGUUGUGUUGAUUAUUACAAACAAGUGAAGAGUUUUCAUACUGUUGUUAUACUGACGUAUAGUAAUUUAAUUCAUCUUCUCAUUCGUGAUAUGAAUCAGAUUGAAUGGCAGAUUUUCAAGAUAAAAGUAUCGAAAUGAAUACUAGCUCAGAAGGAAAAAUAUGCGCCAACGGGGACAUAGGAAGUAACGAAUGCAAACUAACUUGUACCUUGAAGAAGAAUAAUGAUGAACAUACGUUAAAUGGAAUCAAUGGUGUCGAUCGUAUCUCCGAUCAAAACGAUGGUAAUGUGUUAUCACAUUCAGCAGAAGAAAAUGUGAAAUUGAACGGAAAUUCUAAAGUAGAUGCAGUUCCUACUGAUAGCGACGCAGUAGCUCUUACGUUUGAAGAAGAUGCUAGUUCCGUUGAGAACAAAUUUUCUGAAAACGGCGAGAAAGGUGGAACUGAAAAUGUUAUUCUCGAUAAAGAAACGACCGCCAGUAAAGUAAAUGAAUCAUCUACCAAGGUGGAAGAAAACGUCAUUGUUGAAUCCAAUAAACAGACUGAAUCUGCAGAAACUAUCGUUGAAUCGGAUAAACCGGCUGUAUCUGCGGAAAUCACUGAUGAAUCGGAUAAACGGACCGAAUCUACGGAUGCGGCGCUUGAAAAAAGCGAAAAACCUGUCAAAGAGUCUGAAUCCAUCGAUGUGAAAGUAGUCGAAUUGUCGACUUCUGAUGAAAAAUGUAAAGUUGAUAAAUUUGAGAAAGCGGACGCUCAGUCUAAUGCAACAAAUGAGAACGAAGAUAGCAAUGUCAAUGAAGGGAAAAAUAAUUCUGUUAAAGAAAAAGAGGAAAAAAUCUCCAAAGAUACAACACCCAAUGAUGAAUUAGCUACACAGCCCGAAUCCGAGAAACCGGCCUCUGUUGAAAGUGAUGAGAUAUGUACCAUUGCGUCAAAAACUAACGAUGAAUCUGCGAAACAGCCUGAUUCUGUAGAACCGAUCGCUAUCAAAAGUGACGAGGUAUGUUCUAUUGUACCAAAAAGCAGCGUUGAAUCUACUAAAUUGGGUGACUCUAUUGAUAGUACAACUGAAAAUAAUGGAGAAGCUGCCGAGAUAACAGAAUCUAGUUGUAUUAAAAUGGAAAUAUCUCCUAUUGAUAACGAUAAGAACGAUAACGAUGAAGAAACGUCGAAAGUUCAACAGGUUGAAAAUAGUGAAACGAAUAAUCUUACUUCUGAAACUAAGUCAGCGGAUGUCGAUGAAAAAACUGUUCCUUCCAUUGAGACUCCCAUCAUUUCCGAAGAAACAUCACCAAACGAAGUUGAGAAAAUGGAAGUUGAUGAAGUCGAUACUGUACCAAACAGCUCGGAAUCACUUUCAAGCACUACAGAUGAGAAAAACAUCGCUCUUAGCAACGAAUGUCGCGUUGUUCUAGUGAAAGUGAGUGAAAGCCCAAAUAAAGCCGGAGAUUUAAACUCCGAGGUGAAAUCCCAAAUUUCCACCGAAUCUAACAAAGGCAUAAAGAGGAAGCGCAGUUCAGAAAAUGAAGCAUCCGAAGACGAUUCUUCGAAAAAGUCAGGUGACGACAUAAAAAAUGAAGAUGAACCUUCUUCCGCUCAAAAAAAUAAGAAACAAAAACUGGAAGCUGGUGAUGAGGAAAAGUCCAAUGGAAAAGUUAGUCAGCAAGAAAGCCCUUCUUCGGCGCGUAAAAGUAAACGUUUGUCGGGUAAACCUAAAGAAACCAAAAACGAAGCGGAGCCUACGCGAAGAAGUGGUCGAUCUGUAGCCAAGAAUGAUGUAGCAUCUCCUGAAACCGACAAAUCGCCUUCUGAGAAGAGUCGCCAGUCAACGCCUAGUUCAACUCCUAGAAAAAGCAUCACUCCCUCUCCGAGGUCGAAAGCCAAAAAUGAAACGGAAUCUACAUCCGCAAGCGAAAAUGAUAAAACUCCUCAGAAAAGAGUUAGUUCCCGUAGCAAGAGAUCGUUGAAUUUGAAUUCCGAUGAAGAGACCAGCCCACCUAGCGCUACGAAACGUCAGCAACGUAAGUCUAAAAUCACUUCUAAAGCGACAACUGUCCAAUCGAGUGACGAAGACCAUGUCUCCGAAGAGGAAGACGUCUCGCAGUCCGCCAAAAAAAGUCGAACCUCGAAAUCUAAAGGAGGCGCUAAAAAUACCAAGAAUUCUACCGCUAAAUCUCCUGCUGGCGAUGUUCAAAGUGAUCAGUCAGUAAGUGAUAGUGAAGAUGAUGCUGUCGAUAAGUCCAGGAGUAAAAAAUCACGUCGCGGUGGUAAUUCUAAAGCGAUGACAAAUAAACUUGAUAAAAUGAAACGUCUUCUGGUCUAUGCGAAUUUAAAAGUUUCGCAUUAUGGGAGAUUCUUCAAAGAUUGCGACACUGAUAGAGAAAAGGUCGAUUUCGUUGUAAAUUAUUUGCGAGAAAAAGGCUUAAAAGGUGAACCCACGAUUGAAAACUGUAAAAAGUUGGGUAAAAAAAUCGCAAAGGAGAAAGAAGUAGCUCAGUUGGACAAAAACAAUAUUAUAGAUUCAUCACCAAGCACAAGCGGAAGCCGUGUUACAAGAUCUCGUCGAUCUGCAUCGAGACGCUCCUAAUAUGUACAUCUGUUCGUCACUUAUUAAAUUUUUGAAACGGUUAAUUGUUUUCGUUAUAGGUAGUCUAGGAAUAAUACACACUUUCCGUAGAUUUAAAGUAUAAAGACUAUCAAUUUAGCCUAUCGAAGAGUACCACUUUAAAUUUAUUUCAUAUACAUUUUUAUAAUUAUUUAGAAUUUAUCGUUAUUCUUCGACGUUCUGUCUUUUUUUUCGUUUUGCUCCCUCAGAAUAUUUUACGAGUGAAAUUUGAGUCGUGUUUUUAAUUUCUAGAACUGUUUAUUUUUUAUUUAUUUGUAAUUUUAAAUUACAUAGCCAUUGAAUGUGUCAAUGUUGCAUAUUUUCGUGUAAAACAAUACUAGCUGGCGUGAUUUAUGGUAUGAAAUGUUCAAAUUAUGAAUAGUCAUGUUUUCAGUUUCUAAAUUUCUGAAGUAAAUUAUUGUCUUGUGA